AUGGCAGACCCGCCAAGUCGCUCAGAGCAAGUGCGCUCCUCGACUGACAUGCCUCAUACAACCGGAACUCCAGAUCCAGUAUCAAGCGGGUCUCCCGAACCGGUCGCCCAGUCCUCAAUCGAUGAAUUGCCUGUACUGCAAGCCGAUGAUGUUUCGACGGACGACGACAGAUCCAUUGAGGAGCGAAUGUUUCUUCAUACACUGCCUCGCUAUCUUCAAGCGCCGUUGACUAUCCUCUUGAGUAUGGCCGACGUUACCAUGCUUUCCGACCUGGAUGAUGAGAUGGACCGACUGGACUUGGCCCAUGCAAUGAAUGUCAAAGCCAUCGGCAACAGGCUCUUUCUGGCUCCGAUUAACAAGGAGCGAGUCCACAUGAUUCUUGACAUUGGCACCGGCACAGGAAUCUGGGCUGUUGAAAUGGGCGAUAUCUUUUCGAACGCCCAGGUGUAUGGGAAUGAUCUCAGUGCAAUCCAGCCAUCCUGGGUUCCCCCGAACGUCAAGUUCGAAAUUGAUGACGUUGAAAGUGAGUGGCUUGACGACAGAAAGUAUGACUACAUCAUGUGUCGCUAUAUGCUCUGUUCCAUUGGAGAUUGGCCAAAACUCGUCAGAAAUAUCUUCAAGCACCUUACCCCUGGUGGUUGGGCUGAAUUCCAAGAUAUGGACUCGCUCUACUACUCAGACGAUGACAGCUUCACUGAGAAACACGCGACGUUCAAGUGGAACAAGACACUAGUUGAAGCUAUGAACUCUAUCAAUCGCGAUUCUCAACCAGGGCCCAAGUUACUCGACUGGGUGGUAGAGACCGGUUUCGAAAAUGUCAAUCACCAAAAGUUCAAGAUACCCAUUGGGCCGUGGGCUAAAGAAUCCCACUUUAAGGACAUAGGCCUACUAAACCUAGCUCAAGUUUUGGAUGGACUUGAUGCAUUCACAACGAGGACCUUCUGCGGUGUACUCGGUUACACCAAAGAGGAAGUUUUGGUCACUCUGUCUGAAGUUCGCAAGGAACUGAAUACCGCUCACAUGUUUCAUGCCCAGUGGGACCUGCACGUUGUUUACGGUCAAAAGCCCCUAUCGGAGCCAGAAGAUUCUGAAUGA